UGUGUCAGGGAGGUGCCGGUGGCGGGGAGUAGCGACAGGCGGCCAGUGUAAGAGUGUGAACCCUUCAGUGUGCACGGAGACACGGUAUCACUGUGAACCCCUUCAGUGUGCACAGAGAUACGCUACCACUGCUGCAGGCGAACACAGACACACAUUGCCACUGCUGCCAACGAACACAAAGACACUGUACCAUUGUCAAAGACGAAAAUAGAGACACGGUCCCACUGAAACACGAACAGGGAAAACACGGUACCAUUGCUACAGACAAACACAGAGACUACAACAGACGAACACCGCGGCAUGCUACUACAAGAAUGAGAAUGAUGACUGAGAGAAACUUAUUGUUACGUGUACUGGUUUCAGGAUGUGUCCUGAUCAGUCUCCUGUCUCUAUCCUCCGCCCAAGGACGAAAGGUUGGGUCACCAUCGACGCCGUCACAGGGACAGAGGAUGGACCCCCGUCACUCUGUGCUGCCCCUCGUCAGGUUCCAGUGUGUGGGUCGUCCUUCAGGCUACUACGGUGAUAUGGACUUUGGCUGCACUGUCUUCCACUACUGCACUGACUCUGCUCAGAGGUUCACCUACCAGUGCAUCGACGGCCUCAAAUUUAACGAGGUAACGACGUCAUGCAGCGCUGGUUUCUUUGGUGACUGUACUCACACAGGGACCGUGGGACCGACAGGAAGCAACAAGUCUGAUGAUUCGGCUCCAGUAAAGAGCUUUCAGAACCUCCCGGCGCUACUGAGGACGGAUGAAGACGACUCAAGGCGACGCUACGACCCAGAGCUCGAUGUGGACUAUAAUUAUGAGUAUUUCGACACGGACAACGUUCAGCCAGUUCUUCAAGCCCCUCAUCCCGUCGCCUCAAAGCGCAUGAUUAAAAACACUAACGUGAAGCUGCCGUCUUCUGGGGUGUGGGACAACAGCAUGACAUCAGCACUAUCAGCUUUCGCUUCCCUGGCCAACAUACCCUACGACAAUCCUACCACUACCAAGGACGAGAUUGUCGACCGGACCGACAACGUCGACGGAGUGGACUACGUCGACACCAUCGACCGGGCAUUUAUCGAUCUCCCACCACAGCGCAGACGACUACCCCAAAGGCAAAGUAGCAGUCAUUUCUUCCAGUUACCAUUCUUCCAGGGAAAACCCAAGAAGUCACCACGUGUUCCCCAGCGGACCGCAAGCAAAGAACAAAGUUUCGCUCGGCCGUGGGCAUCCUAUCCUCCCCCGCCCACUGGUCCUCACAACCCACACACAGAUUCCACAUAUGAAGAGUCCUCUGAUUACCGGCGGCAACCACAGCGAUAUGACUUUGACGAUUCCGUUAAUGAUGAUGAGGAUAAUCCUUACAAUUCUUCCGAGGUGAGCCAAACAACACCAGACACUUUCCGCCCUUCCUCUCGCAUUACCAACGAUCCUGAUGAGUUCCAGCCUGUCACACCUGCUUCUGGCCCAGCCGCUUCACGCGAACCAACAGAACUAGUUCGCCCCAACAGAGACGCCAUUCAUCAGACGGGGCACGGAGCUUUGUCUUCUAGUUUCCAGUCAUUCUCACCCUCAUCCACUCCUUUCAGAUCACAAGCGAGCUUCCCUGCGCAGAGCUCCAUUGGGGUUCCGAAAACGUCCAGGACCGUCCAAUCGAAUCCACCAAAUUUCCUCUCAACACCUAGCUUCCCUUCUUCAGGUAACUUUGUGUUUAAUCAACCUCCCAUUCAUCCGGCGGUAUUCAAUCGACAAUUCCAUCAAACGUCUGGUUUCGGUGCACCACCAGCCCCUAGACAGCAAGUGGACAACUUCGGUCGUCCGUCAUCGUCUCAGCAAACAGACAGUUUCGGUCGUCCAUCGUCAUCACAUCACCAAGUGGACAGCUUCGGUCGUCCCCCAUCUCAACGUCAGGCGGACAGUUUUGAUCAUCCCCCAUCUCAACACCAAGUGGACAGCUUCGGUCGUCUGGCAUCGCCUCAACAAGUAGAUAACUCAGGUCGUCCGUUAUCAUCUCAACAGCAGGUGGAUAACUUCGGUCGUCCGAAAUCACCCCAACAUCAAGUGGACACUUUCGGUCGUCCACCACAUCAACAGCAAGUGGACAGUCUGGGUCGUCCUCCAUUGCCCCAACAUCAAGUGGAUAUCUUCGGUCGUCCGUCAUCUACCCACCAACAAGCGGACACUUUCGGUCGUCUGUCACCACCUACCCAGCCAGAUCCACGACCAGUACAAAGUUUUAAUCACCAACAUGUUCAAGGUUUCGCUCACUCGCCAACACCCCAAUCAGUGUCAAGUUUCAGGAAACCGUCAGCCUCUCCUCCAGGACACAGCUUCAGUCAAGCAGCGGCUCCUCCUCAACCAGAAACAGUUUUCAGACGACCAACCUUCCCUCCAAACUUUGCCCAGCAGUCGCCUAGUUUUGGUUUUGUUCAUCCUCCACCACAGCAGAGGCCACCACAGUCAUUCGUCAGACCAACACCAUCUCCUCCGUUUACAGUCCAGACUCCUGCCACUCUUGGAAUACAAGGGCUCUUCACUCCAAGCUUCCAGCAAGAUAGACCCACACAUCAUGGCAACACUGUUCCACAACCUGUCCAGCAUUCUUUCCAGGACUCUACAGAAUCACCUUCUUCGACUGUGUCAACCUUUCCUCAGGCCAAGGGUACUUCAGUUACUGAAGAGUCCCAACAGUCUCCACGAUUAUCUCACCGUGACAGAGUCUUCAACUUCUUCAGGGCAACUGUAGCACCUUCUGCCUCCGAAGCCUCUGAUGUGUUAAAUGCUUUUGAUGCUGACAAUGACGUAUUUAAUAAACCUGAAGAUCCUCAGAAAGAUGAAGAACCUGAAGACCAAAAUACUGACCGACCAGCUGUUGAGCAAAGACCCAGUGCAAGACGCAGACCUAACAGCAACAAGCAGGAGCAACAGCAGCAGCAGUCAGUCCGUAGACGGCCAUCGAGACCACGAAGACCAAUUCAGCAACCCACCACUCCUUCCACCCUAAUAACAGGCCUAGAAAACUCUGAAUUCCACAAUCCAUUCUUGCAAUCGAAUGAAAGGCUGCCGUCAUUUACUAGAUUACAGCCACAACCCGUUACCGAAGAGACGUCAGAAAAGCCAUUUGUUUUCCCUACGUCGCCGGCCAGUCAGAUACGAGGAGAAUUCCCAAGGCUUCCUGGCAUAAACAUCGAUCAAGAGAGUAGUAUAUUCCAACCACAACCCGGGAUAUUCCACCCUAACCUAGGUCCAGCUGGCAUCUCUGAAGAGAAUCACUUCGAUAACAACGUUCAUCCUCAGGGUAACAUUAAUGAUGAUACUUUACCAGAUAUUAUCAACGCCGUAGAGAGCAUGGAAGAAGAAACUAAUAUCAUUCUACCUAUCAAAAAUGAUUACGAAAAUGCUGGAGAAGAACCUAGAGACGUUACAGAAUCAGCCGUCACUACAACCACUCCAGAACCUCCCACGGAAGUUAGCAGACCACUCACACGGCGUCGUCCUAAUAUUAGAAAUCGCUUGCGUACACGUCUGACCUCGCGAACAACUACUCUAGCUCCUGUACAGACUGAACCAGAGAAGCCAGAUGAGUACGAGCCUGACCUUCCUGAAGAGUAUCCAGAGAUCACUGACUCGUCCGUGAGAGCAACGACUACUGAACCCACGACCACUCUCCCACCUUUCAGGAAAAGGAUUCAAACACGCUUAAACCGACUGAAGAAUAGUAGGCAAAACAACGCACCAGUCACCCCUCAAAGCAUCACAACAGAACAGCCGGAAAGUGAGGAGGACGCGCUCACAACCACUACUGCCAACAGAAAACGACCUUCAUCCAGAAGAGGAGGAUUAGAUCCAGAGAGGUUCAAAAGGUACAGAAACAGACUAAGAGGCAUAACCGCUACAAGUGACAAUCCUGAGCCAGAUCUCGAGAGCACAACAACAGAAAAUCCUUUGAAUGCUGCAUCAUUCACACCUAAUACCAGAAACAGAAGAAUUAACAGGUUCAGACCCAAGUCAUCUCAACGUGAAGGAGAUAACGUUCUCGAAGUAAAAGAAAUCCUGAGAACAGAUCAAGAAGUCCAGGAAACCUCUCGGUCACUCGUUCACAAAGAACCGAGCUUCGGACAGCUGUCCUCGCAGUUACACACGUCUUCUGCAGAAACGAGAAAUAUCCAGGAGUCUCGUGGCUCAUCUGCGACACCAAACCAAAGUUCUCUCCCUACGCCUGAACAGCCCAAGAAGGUGGAGAGUGAGAGAGGCGAGGCUGGUGGUGACACCUCUCCCAGGUCACUUCAACAACCUGAGCAUGACACAGAUGUUGCCCCAGGUGACGAAACUGGCAGGAAGAUCAUCAAUCCUGAUUUCAGGGCUCGUUUCAGAGAAUUUUUGAAGAACAGAAAGCAUCAGCUAAGUGCUCGUUAUAGGAAAACCGAGACGCCUGACAUCGUAGAAGCCGAAGACAGCUCUGAUAAGGAAUUACCAGAAGCUUUCAACCCAAUUUUCCCAGAGAGAAACCCACAACAAGGUCAGAACCUACGAGAAGCGAGAGCGAAAUUCUUAUCUAACGGACAACUAAGUGAUGAAGAAAGAUCUAGUCGGAGAAUCCCAUUCAGACCGUUUAGAAAUAACUUUUCAGGUAAGAUUAAACCGGCACAAGAGGAAAGUGAGGAACCUGUGGAAAAGACAAGGGAGGGUGAAGAGGGUGAGAAACAUGAUACCCUUCUUAAGGAAGGUGAGGAACAUAAGAAAGAUGAUGCUCUUAUUAGGGAGGGUGAGGAACAUAAGGAUGAUAGUCUUAUUAGAGAGGGUGAGGAACAUAAGGAUGAUAGUCUUAUUAGAGAGGGUGAGGAACAUAAGGAUGACACUCUUCUUAGGGAGGGUGAAGGAGGUGAAGAACAUGUACUGGAAGAGACUAUUACUAGAGAAAUCUCCUCUAAGCCACAAGAAGCAGAGAUCGAAUCACAAGAGAAAAAGGAAAUUUCUGCGAGUCCUCCAGACGAGGGACCAGGGUUGGAGUCGUCGGGAGGGUUCAGACCUCUCCACAGUCCAUUUACUUCAAAUGGUGAGCCUUCCCCAGCUCCUGUAUAUCACCACCAAGAGCCAGAAAUAAUAACAGCGUCACCAGUUUCGGAAGAAGGGGGCAUAGUCAUGUCUAUCACAGUAUCCGCUAAUCUCGGAGGUCAUCCAGAAGAGCCUGUCACUGAGGCUCAUGAACAUCCAAUAAAUCCAGAACCGAAGAUUAACACGCCAUCGGAAAUAAUUGUCAAGGAGAUUGUCACAGGCUCUUCUUCAGACAAAGAAAGUAAGAGUGGAGAAGCAAGAGACUUACAGACAGCCGCCUCGGAAGAAAGUCCUUCUCCACUUCACUCUGCCUCAUCUCAAACCUCCGCUGAAGAAAAUUCUGAAAGCUCCCCAGCGGCAGAUGAGUCACAGGAACCCCCGGUACUUAUCACAGUUCAACCUAGACAACUCGAAGCAUCGAAUAUAGCCGUCCCAUUACAAGAGCUGCCAUCCCCAGCGCCCUCAGUGUCCGAGGACUCUCCUGAGGGCAAGGAUUCAGACGACAUUCCUGAGAUCCAUGUACCACGCGCGUCGAAGCCAAUUUUCAACUUGAGCGGCACUCUUGGCCGUGCCAAGGAAGCAGAGACGUCAGCGCCGGACUCUGACAGUGAACAGCCUGCAGACACGCUGACGCCUACCUCUUUCUCCAUCACUAUGGCAACAGACCAGCCAAAACUACCCUUAGAAAUGUUACUGCCACUCUUUGGUACACGGUGAGAGAGCUUUCUGAUAAAUCACUAAAAUCAUUUAUAUUAUAUAUAUUUACUUAUCUAAUAAAAUAUAUGUAAUCGGUACUUAACCUUUAUUCUGAAAUAUCAGAUAUGUACUCUGAUGUAUCAGGACAAUGGAUGUAUCAUUGCAAUGACUCAAACUGUGACCAUAAACAUGGUAACUAUCCCUAUAUAUGAUAAUAGUUAAUUAAACUACCGAAAAAAUACUUUGAUGUAAAUCUAGAAAGAACACAUACACACAAAGAGGACUUGGCCACACUACAAGGUCAUAUUCAAUGCAAAAGCGAGAGAAUACCGGUGAAGAGGCUUCAAACCUUCGAAAAAGGAGAAUUGCCAUGAAGUUAUCGAAGUACAGAGCAUAUCAGGAGGUGGAUAAAAAAAAUAGUCAGUGGAGUGAGCGAGUCUUCCGAACUUAAAAAACGACUUUCAGGAACUCCAACAUAAAAAUAAUUUUGGACUCUAUACACGACAUUUGUCAGGCCUACCACAGAGUAUAACCAUAUGCUUCAAGCAUAUGGUUAUACUCUAUGGAAAGUACAGUGAUUUGCAACAAUACUGAUCCCAAAUCCGAGAGGGCUAACGUACGAGGAAGAGCUAAAGGAAGCAAACCUGUUGACCUUUGAUGAAAAAAAAUAACUAAGAGAUACAUCAUAACAACGUACAAGACACUCACAGGACUUAAUAGAGGGACAGAGACAGUCUGUUUGAAAAAAAAAAAACUUGAACUAGAAGUUCAGAGCAAAUAAAUGACAGCUUAAUGGUGAUCAGGAAGUGGAUUGGCUCAGACGAGAAGACGAGCAGCAAACACCACAGAGAUUUAAUAAUAGAUACAAUAGAGCCCAUGAAACAAGAACUUUAGAAACCCAAGAGGCAGAACCAGGAGAUGAGACACAACCCUUGCAGCCACAAAUAGAUGAGCAUACAAAACACACACAAAUACAUACUAAUCUACAAAUAUGACUUGCAAUAAGUAAUUCAAACUAUAUGAAUAUGUUAGCCAAUGUUGCCGAGUUUAUGCAAGACAAGCAACAAAACAAUAGACUUGUUAAAUCACAGAACGGGAGAGGACUCGAACCCAUGGCAAGUGAGUUCUGAAACUCACAGGCCAGUGUGUUAACCACUGGUCCACACCGUUCUAACAAGUUUCAUCCAACUAUGUAUAUUACUAUACACCACAGGAAUGUUAACUUGGGCCACCACUGUCACCACAAGUGCAGGUUUUUCCAGAUGAAUCCCACACCAGCGUGGCUGUGGCGAGCUCUAGCUGAAGUCCCCUCAAAGCUGCCAUCAAGUUCACAAUCGCAUUAUUACGAUUUGGUAAGUCAAAAAUAAACUUGUUUUGGUGGCUGUGCGAAACGAGAAAGGUAUCCCAAAUAUCCCAUAAACCCAGACCCUCCAACUCAAUACACGGAAAAGGAACAGUGUGCGUAGUUUCUAACGCAGUUAAAUAACACUGAGCAGAGAAGACAUUCAAAAGUUAUUACAAUGAAAUUAUCCCUAAUUCUUCAAGAAAUACAUCAAACUAGCGCCUAUACUACCCAAAAUCUAUCCAAACUUUGCACUAAGUAAGACACGACAGUUUGGAAGGUUUACAGUUAAUCAGAACAUGCACUCAUUAGUUAUCUCGCGAAAACCAAUAUCCAAAUUUAUUUAAUGAAAUUAGAAAAUUAGGACCUUCACUGCCCAAUAACUAUACGAACUUUGAGCAAAACACAACAUUUUAAGUUUAAAGUUGUUUAACUAGUUGCACACUCAAAUUACUGCACGGAAAACAACUGCCCCACAAUUAUUUUAAGAAUCUUGCCAACUUGGCACCUACAGCCCAAGAUCUAUCCAAAAGAAUUUGCUAAUUUAGAUACGCCAGCAUCUAAAGGUUGAAGCCCAUCAGAAAAGGCUUUCUCAAGUUGUCACAUAGUCAGUAAAAAUCAAGAAUGAUCUUCAUACAACUGACCAGGAGACACAUGCACAAGCCAGUCGUUGCAUGAACCUUUCCUUAUUUAUAAUCCACCAGCGUUGAGAAUUUGAAGCAGACUGAAUCAGACGUUCUGAAGUUUUAAAAGAAAAUCUUGGAAUGCAACAAAUGUGUCAACUACUGAAAGGUGCUCCUAUGAGGAUAUCGAAUAAGUGUAUAACCCUGUAGCAGAACGUGCAUAAAGCAAGUGGAAUGAGAGACGGUUGAUGGAACACGUGGAUCAGUGCCAUGUAACAGAAAUAAGGAAACAGUGAGAACGUGCUUCAUAAAGAACAAACUCUGUAAUACAAUAUUAAAAGCAUCAGAGACUUCAGGCGUCACAGGUCAACUAUAAAAUUGACUUUAAAUGUGUGGAUGAAUAAGUGUUGAAGAAAGGUGUUCACAACACAACGUCACCCCAACACUGAGACAUGCUUCGCUGGUGUGGUGUCCACACUGGAAAACUAACACAAAGUGGAGCUACGAAGUGAUUAGUGAACCAACACAACAGGAGUGACACACUACAACACUUACAGUUAUCGGAAGAAGAAGAAGAAGAAGAAGAAGAAGAAGAAGAAGAAGAAGAAGAAGAAGAAGAAGAAGAAGAAGAAGAAGAAGAAGAAGAAGAAGAAGAAGAAGAAGAAGAAGAAGAAGAAGAAG